UGUUACAGUCCGAAAAUGGCCCCCUGCUGUACGCCAUAGGAUGGCACUGACACUAAAUCAUCAGGUAUGACAGACAAAAGCCUUCUUUAGCUACUUGGAAACGUGGACAAAAUGGUUGAGGAGGAAGGACUGGAAUUUGACAUCCUCGAGAGCAGGAGAGUCAAUUGCACCUUGAUGGCAUUGGGACAGCAUGAUAGAUAUAAAAAUGUGUUAACGUGUCCAGCCUACUUUGACGGUUGGUCUUGCUGGCCUGAAACUCCAGCAGGUUCGUCUCAAGUUAUUUAUACAUGA